AUGCUUCGCCACGCAUCGGCACGACUGUCGAGACCUGCCACUUGCAUAGCCCGUAAGAACCUCGAACGUUCACCGUUUGUGGCAUUCUCGGCGUCAGCUUCGUCUAGACCUGCUGUCCCUACUGCCGUGGUAUUGCCAAGCAAAGCUCAUGAAUUCUCAUCACUGGAUCAAAAAACAAAUGAAAAGACUUCACUUUCGAAAGAAUUUACGAAUACCGAGCGCAUUUUCGCCACAAAAACGACACCAGAACUCGUGCGCGCAUACGUCGUUUACUUAAUGUCACAAUUUCGUCCCCUUGUGCAACAUAGUAGCGAGCUCCUAGACCUUUCGUACAAAGUCGCAGGCGCCACAUUUACAAAUGCGCUGCUUCGUGCGACUUUCUUUGGUCACUUUUGCGCUGGUGAAGACGUAAAUGAAAUUCGUACUGUUAUUCGCAAGCUUGAAUCCGCUGGCAUUGGUGCCAUACUUGACUUUGCUGCUGAGGCAGACGUCGAGCAGCCACGCGAUCUAAACGGUGUGGACCAAAAUUUGGUAUCUGCUCGCACUUAUGCUUACGACGGCGAAGCGGCAUGCGACGCCAAUGCUGCCAUCUCACGCCACGCUAUCAUUGACGCCAGCGAGGCAGCGUCGGCUGGGGAAGCCGCUUUUGUGGCAAUCAAGUGCACGGCGCUCGGCAAGCCAGAAUUACUUAUGCGCAUGUCGGCCAUCAUUGUGCAGGCGCAAUUGCUAUUUCACACGCUGGAUGGCCCUAAUUUUUCGCGUGCCAAGUCGCGCUAUCUUGAGCGUAUGAUUGACUACCCUACGCUAAGUGCUGGCCUUUAUAACGCAGGUGUGAACGCUACUGAAGAGGAAAUUCAGAAAUUAUUUAAAGCGCUGGAUCACUCAUCUGGUGACGGCGUAAUUGAUUAUGUGGACUGGGUGAGCUUUCUGGAUCCAUUGGACUUAACCAUGGGUCCUUUGACUCAAUUUAUUGAGGAAAAGCCACUGACAGACUAUGAGAAGACUCAGCUGAGUAAUAUGAUUCGCCGCCUUGAGUCGCUUGCUCAUGACGCUGCCGAGCGUGGCGUGAAGCUAAUGGUGGACGCUGAACAGACGUACAUGCAACCGGCGAUUGAUCACCUUACGCUCAACCUGCAACGCAAGUACAACCGCGACGGUAGUGACGUCAUUUACAACACCUUUCAGUGUUAUCUCAAAAUGUCGAGUGAUCGUAUUGACAUUGAUCUCGAGCGUGCUCGUCGCGAGAAAUUUCGAUUUGCUGCCAAAGUAGUGCGUGGUGCUUACAUGGUACAGGAGCGCAAGCGUGCUCGAGACAAGGGAUACACUGAUCCAAUUCACGAUACCAUUGAGGAUACCCACAUGAAUUAUGACGCCCAGGUGUCAAAACUGCUGCAGCAUAAUCAUUUAGCGAGUUUUAUGGUGGCAUCGCACAAUGAAAAAUCGGUGGUUAAAACGGUGGAGCAGAUGCAAGAGAUUGGGAUCAAUCGUGCUACUGGCGGUGUCUACUUCGGUCAGCUUCUUGGCAUGUGCGAUCAUGUGUCCUACACACUUGGUGCGAAAGCUUAUAAGGUGUUCAAAUACGUGCCCUAUGGUCCUAUCCGUGAGGUGCUACCGUAUCUUAUCCGACGUGCUCAGGAAAAUUCGGGCGUUAUGAGCGGAGCUCAAUUGGAGAUGCGCAUGCUUAGGACAGAAAUCAAGCGCCGCAUUUUUGGAUGA